CGAUCGUCAUCAUAAGAAGGCCCAGGCGUCUUUUUCGUUUGCUGGGCUCUUCCCAUUUCCGCUCGGUACACUCACCCACGCACCCUCGACCGGCGGCCGGGGGGGAACCGGCGGUGGCGGCCGAUCGCCGUCCGAGCUCGAAGUGCUUUUUGCUGGCGGCGAUGGCGAGCGGGGACGAUGGGUCGUCGUCGGCGUCGUCUCGAGCGGUGCCGGGUAGCGUGUGCGUCGCGGUGGGGAGCGACGGCGCGGAGGGCGAGCUGGCUCUCCUGUGGGCGCUGGAGAACUUUCGGGGCGGGUUCAAGUACUGCAUCCUGCACGUCCGGCAGCCCGGCGAAGCUGCAAGGCAGAAUAUGGACGAGAUUCUGGAUGCGUACAUUCAAAUGUGUAACCAAGCAAAGGUUUCUUCAAUGAAAUUAUAUGCUGAGAUGGAGGAUGUAGGACAAGGGAUUGUGGAACUUGUUGAGCAGCAUUGCAUCAGGAAGCUUGUUAUGGGAACAGCAGCAACUAGUCACUACAUUGAGGGCAUGGCACAGCUUAAAUCUACAAAAGCAAUGUUUGUGAACCAGCAUGCUCAUCCAUCCUGUGAAAUUUGGUUUAUCUGCAGCGGCAAUAUGGUUUACUUGAGGGAAAGUAGGUCAAGUACCUCUUAUCCGUAUAUUGCGACAUCGUCGCAACCAGUGAGCUCCCAUGUUCAAUCUGGACAGAGUACUGCAGGUUCAGAUAACUCUGGAUCCGACUCUAGUGAAGUUGCAGAUAAUCUAGCCUUGGUUCAGUUUGAACAUCCUGAAAGGAGCGACGAGAGCUCAGCAAGAAGUCCGGUGCGUGCACCUCCAUCUAGUGUAGCAGAAGGAAUUAACAGUGAGGAACUCUGUGAACAACUUGACAGAGCAAUGUCAGAGGUUACAAAGGCAAAAAGGGAGGCACUCCAAGAGUUGAUUCGCCGUCAGAAAGCUGAAAAGGCUGAAAUUGAGGCUAAGCGCAAAUUUUGUGCACUUGAGAACUCACGUGCUGAGGAAUCAAGUCAGAGGAUUAAUAAUCUCAAGGAGAUGCUAGAGAAAGAAAGGGAGAGAUGCAAAAUGAUCGAGAAUGAGAGAGAUGACUUGCAAAUGCUGUUCGAAAAUGCACUUAAAGCUAAUGAGGAGCUCUCAGCAAACCAAGCUGGUGAACCUUCAAGUUUGAACUCGCAGGAUCAGGAAGUCAUUACCAAGUUUUCUUUCUCAGAAAUUCUGGAAGCUACAGAAAAUUUCAAUCCUUCCUCAAAAAUAGAGGAAGGGGAUUAUGGAAGCACUUACAAAGGUUUUCUUCGUCAUACCCAAGUGAUUAUGAAGAUGAUGUGUUCUGAUAGCUCACAGGGCCCAUCACAGUACCAUCAGGAGCUUCACAUUGCAAGCAUGUUGAGGCAUCCAAAUUUGGUCACCCUCAUUGGGGUUUGCCCAGAAGCUUGGGCUCUCAUCUACGAGUAUCUCCCAAACGGUAACCUUGAAGACCGGCUAAACUGUAAAGAUAACGCUGCCCCACUAUCAUGGCAAACGAGGAUACAGAUAUGUAGAGAUACAUGUGCUGCACUUAUUUUUUUGCACUCCUUCAAACCUCAUGGGAUAGCUCAUGGUGAUCUGAACCCCCAGAAUAUUCUUCUUGAUGCCAACUUCGUGGCUAAACUGAGCAACUUCGGAUUGCGUGACGCAUCUUUCAGUUCCCAUACAACAGGAGACUUUUCUGCUGAGUCAGAUGUUUAUUCAUUUGGGGUCGUACUAUUGCGGUUGCUUGUUGGUCAAGCAGCAUUUAAUUUAGACGAGAUUGUGCAAACUGCAUUGGAUGCUGAAGAGUUAGAUACUGUGUUGGAUCAAAUGGCAGGGCCAUGGCCACUUGAGCAGGUCACAGAGCUGGCACGCCUAGCUUUGGGUUGCUGUGGGAUGGAUAUUAGCAACCAACCAGAUCUUCAGUCAGAGGUGUGGCCGCUGCUUGAACAAAUCCAAACACUAUGUGAGCAAGCGCCAUCAUCUGAUCGUUCUUCAGGAGUUACUCGGCAAUCCUGGUCAUCUGAUCGUUCUCCUGGUGAAGAGCAUACCCAGCCUCCUUCGUAUUUCCUCUGUCCAAUAAAACACGAGAUUAUGGAAGACCCUCUUGUGGCAGUGGAUGGCUAUACAUAUGAGGCGGAGGCGAUAAGGGAGUGGCUGGACGGCCACAACACCUCGCCCAUGACGAAUCUUCCACUCGAUAACCUACAUCUCGUGCCGAAUAGGAUUGUUCGGUCGGCAAUUCAAGAAUGGCUUCAGAUCAAUGAAAGCUAGUGUGGCUGUCAAACAGCAAAAUCUAUGUACAGUUAGUGCUGCUCCGGUGGGUUUUCUUGUACAUAUACACAGCAGCAGGAGUGAUAUACGUAAGAGCAUACGCCCGUGAGUAAUACACGAGGUUAUGAUAGUAAUUUCGUGUGAGCAGGCCUGUUUUUGUUUAUGCUUAGUCAAAAGCAAAAAGUAAUUUUUCACUUC